UCCGUUUUCUUCUCGGAUCCCUUACCAUUGCUCUUGUCCCUCCGCUCUCUCGCGUUAGAGUUUUCCUUCGAUAUCCAGCGGUCUCUCGAUCGUGAGGCUCUCGGCCGCCGGAUACAAUUUCCUUCGACUGAUCACGUGUGGUAAUCCGGCUGAUCCGAACGAUCCGCCAUGUUCCUGGUUGAUUGGUUCUACGGCGUCCUUGCCUCGCUGGGGCUGUGGCAGAAGGAGGCCAAGAUCCUCUUCCUUGGCCUGGACAACGCCGGGAAGACGACGCUCCUCCACAUGCUCAAGGACGAGAGGUUGGUGCAGCAUCAGCCGACCCAAUACCCAACUUCGGAGGAGCUGAGCAUUGGAAAGAUUAAGUUUAAGGCAUUUGAUCUUGGUGGGCAUCAGAUUGCUCGACGUGUCUGGAAGGAUUACUAUGCGAAGGUGGAUGCAGUGGUGUACCUGGUAGAUGCUGUUGACAAGGAACGGUUUGCAGAGUCGAAAAAGGAGCUCGAUGCCUUACUUUCCGACGACAGUUUAGCCAACGUCCCGUUUCUCGUCCUCGGUAACAAGAUCGACAUACCGUAUGCGGCAUCCGAAGAGGAGCUACGCUACCACCUGGGCCUUACUAACUUCACCACCGGCAAGGGCAAGGUCAACCUCACCGAUUCUAAUGUCCGACCGCUCGAGGUCUUCAUGUGCAGUAUCGUCCGUAAGAUGGGUUAUGGUGAUGGAUUCAAAUGGCUCUCACAGUAUAUCAAGUGAAAACCGUUGAACAUAGAGUGAGGAACAUUAGACUGGUCAAAUCUUUUAUUGCUGCUUCAGUUAUCUUUGUUUCAGUUAAUGAUGAUGGCAUGAACUCUGUUUUGUUAUUUUAUUUCUUAGUUGAUGUUGGAAUAAUGCAAAUGUCAAUCAUAUUUAACAGGUUUGGGAUUAUGAAGACUCUGUAAAGUAGAAUGUAAUAUUAGAAAUAUUCUUUAAUCUCCUGACUUUUUCCCUGAAAGUUUUUUAUGUCGGAGUAUGGCCAUGUUAG